AUGACUAAAUUAGUAAAUUACACUCUUAACAAUUCUAGAACAUUAGUACCAAAAGUUCUAAAAUUCAACUACGGACCAUCACAUUGUUCCAAAAUAAAAGUAAUACCACACGAAUCUAAACAUGAAACAAGAGUUGAAGCAAUAGAGCUUGGUGUUGUUGAUAAGGUUCCACUAUCUAGAUUUGAAUUACUCAUCUGGAAAAAAAACACCAAAUCACACAAAUGAAGUGGACCGAUUCUCGACCAAACAAAUGCAAAUUAAAAUGCCAAAAAACCAACUCCCUGCCUCCUGUUAAAAUGCAAACCGUGAUUCUCUACCAAUGCAAUUAAAAUGUUAAGAAAUCAGCUCCCUGCCUCUUGUUAAAAUCAGCUAACAACAUCAUUUCUUAAAGAUUCCGAGUUUCCAAAUGUUUAUGUUGAAACAAGAACCCACACGAAAGUUAAAAGAAGGAAUCAACAAUUCAAUAUCUUACCUCGCCGUGGUCGAGCAGGGCAGUGACCGGUGGAGAUUAUGCGGAGAUGAGACGGUCGCAGCAGGAGCAGGAAGAUGGGGAGGAGCUGCUACGGGAUAGCGAUGGCGAAGAUGGCGAGCGGGGCGAGGAGCGGCUACAGCAUACGAGGACCGCGGAUGACGACGAUGGCCAGCGGGGGCAAGGAGUCUGCUAUAGACGCGAGAUGACGAGAGGAAGCGAUGGCGAUGACGACGCCGAGACGGGAGAUAACGACCCCGACUGGGAAGCGAUGCCGAAGGGAGAGGCGCAGCCGGGAACGUCGACUGGGAAGCGAUGGCAAUGACGAUGUCGCCGCUAUUCUCUCUAUUUGCGAAGAAGACGGAAGGGGAUGAAUUGAAAUCAGUCGCUAUGGUUUUCUUUCUUUGCAGCCCAACCCGACAAUUUGCGUUUUUGCUUUUGUUUGUUUUUUUAUUAAAUCAAAACGGCUGGAAGUGGUGAAAACCGAGCGGACGGCUCAACUGGUUAACCGCUCCGGCCGGCAUCCAGCCGUUUCAAAAAGCCGUUCCGGCUAAAUAGCUGAUCUGAGCCGGUUUUGCGACCGGGUGACGGUUUUAUUGGUCCGGCCGACCGAUUCGGAUCAGCUUUAAUAACACUGGUAAAAACCU